AAUACGUGUACACUAAUGCUAAGCUAUAUAGACACACGCACUGAAGCGACACUUGCACUGUGUAGUGGAGCCUUAACAGAAAAGGGUGCUGACCAUGGUGCUGAUCUGGACCAGCGCUGGGAAAUAGCAGCUACCGUGAAUUCCCUGCGGACUAGAACCACGCUGUCGCUUUCCCUUUUCACUCAUUAGCAUGUUCUCUGUGAAUCCGUAGCUCGGUGAUAGGGCGGGAGGGAACAACAACUGACGAGAUACCUGUUAGGUGGUGACCAUUUCAACGCGUUUAUAGCUCUUUGUUUGAAUAUUCGCGCUUUCACGGUUACGGUCUACCGGUGACGUCGAAGAUAAAGACCCCGCUGCUGUAUCUCGGCUACACGACUUGGCUUCUCCCCCGUCCCACCCCCCGUCCCCCUGGUGGCUCCAGCCCACCGAUGCUGACACACACUCCUCCUCCUCCUCCGGGUGGCGAGCGGGGCUUGAGCACAGGGGCUUGAGUGACAGAUGCUGCGGUAGUGUCCCCGCUGCAUGGCCGUGGAUUAGCUUUAUGCUAAUAUCGAAGAGGAGAGAGGAGCCAGCGGAGGCUUCCCGAGUCUGAACAGGCUCCUCUGCAGCCAUGGCUGAAGGUGGAGAAGGAGAGGACGAGAUUCAGUUCCUCAGAACUGAUGAUGAAGUGGUGCUCCAGUGCGUGGCCUGCAUCCAGAAGGAGAAUCGCAAGUUCUGCCUGGCUGCUGAGGGGCUGGGCAAUCGGCUGUGUUACCUGGAGCCCACAUCUGAGGCCAAGUAUGUUCCUCCAGACCUGUGCAUCUGUACCUUUGUGCUGGAACAGUCUCUGUCAGUACGGGCCCUCCAGGAGAUGCUGGCUAAGAGCGGACAGAACAGUGAAGGGACGCGCGGCCCCGACCGAUGGGCAGCGCAGAGUGGCGGUCACAAGACUCUUCUGUACGGACACGCCAUCCUGCUUCGACACUCCUUCAGCUCUAUGUACCUGGCCUGUUUGAAGACAUCAAGGUCACAGACAGACAAGCUGUCCUUUGAUGUCGGACUGCAGGAGGAUUCAACGGGUGAGGCUUGUUGGUGGACAAUCCACCCUGCCUCCAAACAGCGAUCUGAAGGAGAGAAAGUGCGGAUUGGUGAUGACCUCAUCCUCGUCAGCGUGUCCUCAGAGCGAUACCUUCACUUAUCCAUCUCCAGUGGCAACAUCCAGGUGGAUGCUUCCUUCAUGCAAACCCUGUGGAACGUCCAUCCCAUCUGCUCUGGUAGCAACAUAGAAGAAGGCUACCUGUUGGGUGGUCAUGUGAUGCGGCUGUUCCAUGGACAUGACGAGGUAGUGGCCAUCCCAGGAUCAGACCAGAGUGAAGAGCAGCAGAGGAUAGUCAACUAUGAGACGGGUAAAGCCGGCGCCAAGGCCAGGUCCUUGUGGAGGCUGGAGCCGCUCCGAAUCAGCUGGAGUGGGAGCCACAUCCGCUGGGGCCAGCCCUACAGACUGCGGCACCUGACCACCGGUCACUACUUGGCCCUGACUGAGGAUAGGGGGUUGGUGCUGCAGGAUCGGGAGAGGUCCGACACCAUAGCCACCGCCUUCUGCUUCAGAGCCUCUAAGGAGAAGCUGGAGCAGAGCCCCAAGCGGGACAUCGAGGGCAUGGGGGUGGCGGAGAUUAAAUACGGGGACUCGCUUUGCUUCAUCAUGCACGUGGCGACGGGACUCUGGCUCUCCUACCAGGCACCUGAUGUCAAAUCUGCCCGUCUGGGUCCCCUCAAGAGACGAGCGUGCCUACAUUCUGAAGGUCACAUGGAUGACGGUUUGACCCUGCAGCGCUGUCAACACGAGGAGUCCCGUGCCGCACGGAUCAUCCGCAACACCACGUUACUCUUUAACCGAUUCAUCAGAGACCUUGAUUGUCUGGGUGUUAAGAAUUGGGCACUGGUCGCGCUGCCUGUUGAAGAGGUGCUCCAAACCCUCAAUGACCUCAUCACCUAUUUCCAGCUCCCUGACGCUGAGCUGGAGCAUGAAGAGAGGCAAAUCAAGCUGCGCUCGCUCAAGAACCGGCAGAACCUAUUCAAACAGGAAGGCAUGCUGACUCUGGUGUCCAACUGUAUCGAUCGCCUCAACGUAUACAACAGUGCCGCCCACUUCGGGGAGUGUGCGGGGUCAGAGGCCGGAGCAGCUUGGAAAGACAUUCUCAACCUGCUGUACGAGCUGCUGGCUGCGUUAAUUAGAGGGAACAGAAACAACUGCACCCAGUUCUCCAACAACUUGGACUGGCUGGUUAGCAAGCUGGAGAGACUGGAGUCUUCUUCAGGCAUUCUGGAGGUUCUGCACUGCAUUCUAAUUGAGAGCCCCGAGGCCCUCAACAUAAUCCAGCGAGGACACAUCAAGUCCAUCAUAUCUUUACUUUACAAGCACGGACGCAACCACAAGAUUCUGGAUGUGCUCUGCUCGCUGUGUGUGUGUAACGGGGUGGCUGUGCGGACCAAUCAGAACCUAAUCUGUGAUCACUUGCUGCCCAAGAGAGAUCUGCUGCUGCAAACCCAGCUGGUCAAUGAUGUCCAGAGCAUGAGACCGAACAUCUUCCUGGGGGUGAGCGAGGGCUCGGCUCAGUAUAAGAAGUGGUAUUACGAGCUGAUGAUUGACCAGGUGGACCACUUUGUGACCAGCGAGCCCUCCCACCUGAGGGUGGGCUGGGCCAACGCUAAAGGCUACGCUCCCUACCCUGGAGGAGGAGAGGGAUGGGGAGGCAAUGGAGUGGGAGAUGACCUCUACUCGUACGGGUUUGAUGGACUCCAUCUCUGGUCAGGUCGUAUCCCGCGGGCGGUCGCGUCCAUAAACCAGCACGUGUUGACCUCUGAGGAUGUGGUGAGCUGUUGUCUGGACCUGGGAGCUCCGAGCAUCUCUUUCAGGAUUAACGGACAGCCCGUUCAGGGCAUGUUCGAAAAUUUCAACACAGACGGGCUCUUCUUCCCUGUGGUCAGCUUCUCUGCAGGGGUCAAGGUGCGUUUCCUGUUGGGUGGCCGACAUGGCGACUUUAAGUUCCUGCCUCCGUCAAGUUAUGCUCCGUGUUAUGAAGCACUGCUACCAAAAGAGAAGAUGAAGGUGGAGCCGGUGAAAGAGUACAAGAGGGAUGUGGAGGGAGUCCGAGAUCUGCUGGGCACCACACAGUUCAUGUCGCAGGCCUCCUUCAUCCCCACACCUGUUGAAACUGGCCAGAUUGUGAUGCUGCCUCAUUUAGAGAAGGUUCGAGACAAGCUAGCAGAGAACAUCCAUGAACUGUGGGGGAUGAAUAAAAUCGAGCUGGGCUGGACGUAUGGCAAGAGGAUAAGGGAUGAUAAUAAGCGGCAGCAUCCGUGCCUAGUGGAUUUCUCCAAGCUGCCAGAAACUGAAAAGAACUACAAUCUGCAGAUGUCAACAGAAACUCUGAAGACCCUGCUGGCAUUGGGCUGUCGUGUAGUUCAGGUCAACCCAAAUGCUGACAGCUCCCUCAAAAAGAUAAAACUCCCUAAGAACUACAUGAUGUCCAAUGGUUAUAAGCCGUCUCCUCUGGACCUCUCUGACAUAAAACUGACUCCAGGUCAGGAGCUGCUGGUGGACAAACUGGCAGAGAAUGCACAUAAUGUGUGGGCCAAGGACCGCAUCAAACAGGGAUGGACCUACGGCAUUCAGCAGGAUCUGAAGAGUAAGCGUAACCCUCGCCUGGUUCCCUAUGUUCUGCUGGAUGAGCGCACCAAGAAGUCGAACAGGGACGGCCUGCGGGAGGCCAUCCGCACUCUGAUUGGCUAUGGAUACAACAUCGAGCCCUCGGACCAGGAAGGCGGACAAGUGGUUGAGCGGCUCAGCAUCGACAAGAUCCGCUUCUUCAGAGUGGAGAGGACGUAUGCAGUGAGGAGCGGGAAGUGGUACUUUGAAUUUGAGGCUGUGACAGGAGGAGACAUGAGAGUGGGCUGGGCGAGACCAGGGUGUAAGCCAGAUGUGGAGCUUGGCACGGAUGAGCUCGCUUUUGUCUUUGAUGGAUACAGGGGCCACUGUCUGAACAUGGGCAGCCGUUUGUUCGGGCGGUGCUGGCAUGCUGGGGACGUGGUGGGCUGUAUGAUCAACAUGGAGGACAAGUCCAUGAUCUUCACCCUUAACGGAGAGAUCCUUAUCACCACCAAGGGCUCUGAACUCUGCUUCACAGACUUUGAAACUGAGGACGGCUUUAUUCCAGUGUGUAGCCUCGGUCUGUCUCAGGUGGGCCGUAUGAAUCUGGGGAAAGACGCCAGCACCUUCAAGUACUACACCAUGUGCGGCCUUCAGGAGGGAUUCGAACCUUUUGCUGUCAACAUGAACCGAGAGGUCACCAUGUGGUUCAGCAAGCGUCUGCCUACUUUUGUCAAUGUGCCAAAGGACCAUAACCACAUCGCAGUGACCAGGAUCGACGGCACCGUUGACAGCCCCCCGUGUCUUAAAGUCACCCACAAGACGUUUGGCACCCAGAACAGCAACGCGGAUAUGGUGUUUUGUCGUCUCAGCAUGCCUGUAGAGUUCCACUCCAUCUUCAAAUCCAGUCCUGUUAUUGACAUGAACGGAGUCCACGAAGAUGACACCCUCAAAGUCAAACACAGGUAUCCAUUGCGAUCUGUGAGGCAAAGUGAUGAAAGUAGAAGAGUGGACUACAGCAGCAUCACCACGUACUAUUACUCGGUAAGGGUCUUCGCUGGCCAGGACCCUGCCGAUGUGUGGGUUGGUUGGGUUACCCCUGACUACCAUUACUAUAGCAACAAUUUCAACCUCAGCAAAAACCGAUCGGUCACUGUAACCCUGGGUGACGAGCGAGGACGAGUCCAUGAGAGUGUUAGGAGGAGUAACUGCUACAUCGUGUGGGGCGGUGAUGUGACCAACGCGGCUCACGCAUCCAGUCGCAGCAAUGUGGACCUGGAGAUUGGCUGUCUCAUAGACCUCUCCACCGGCCUGGUGACGUUCACAGUCAAUGGCAAGGAGAUAGCCACAUCCUACCAGGUGGAACCCAACACCAAGCUUUUCCCUGCUGUGUUUGUGCGACCCACCAGCCCUAACCUCUUCCAGUUUGAGCUGACUAAAAUAAAGAAUGCCAUGCCUCUGUCAUCCGCCAUCUUUAAGAGUGAACAUAAGAACCCAGUGCCCCAGUGUCCACCCCGGCUAGAUGUCCAGACCAUCAGCGCCGUGCUGUGGAGCCGCAUGCCCAACAUCUUCCUCAAGGUGGAAACAGCCAGGGUCAAUGAGAGACACGGCUGGGUGGUCCAGUGUGUGGAGCCCCUGCAGAUGUUGGCCGUUCAUAUACCUGAGGAGAACAGGUGUGUCGACAUCAUGGAGCUGUCUGAGCAGGAGGACAUGAGGAAGUUCCACUACCACACCCUGAAGCUCUACUGUGCCCUCUGCGCUCUGGGCAACACCCGUGUGGCCCACGCCCUCUGCAGCCACCUGGACCAAUCACAGCUCUUGUACACCAUCGACAAUCAGUACCUCUCAGGCAUGCUACGUGAGGGAUUCUACAAUGUCUUGAUCAGCACCCACCUGGAGACAGCUAAAGAGGCUCGACUCACGAUGAAAGAUGAGUUCAUCAUCCCCGUCACGGCCGAGACGCGCUCCAUUCGCCUCUUCUCCGAUGCUUCCAAAAAGCACCUCCCGCCAGGGGUGGGGCUUAGUACCUCGCUCAAACCCCGCCUCAACUUUGCCCCGCCCUGUUUCAUCAGCACCAAACGGGAACAACAUCUCUAUAGUCCCCAAAUCCCACUGGAUGCAUUGAAGGAGAAAUCGAUUUCAAUGUUGACAGAGGCCGUUCAGGGUGGCGGCCACCACAUCAGAGAUCCCGUAGGAGGAGGAGUGGAGUACCAGUUUGUGCCAAUCUUGAAACUCAUCAGCACCUUGUUGACUAUGGGUGUACUAGGUAGCGAGGACGUUCAUAAGAUCUUACUGCUCAUUGACCCAAAUGUUUUCAGAGAGACACGUGAGGAGGGGGCUUCAGGGGCCACAGACAAAGAAGGACUUACAGGGACGGAGGAGAAGGCAGUGGAAGCUGGAGAAGAGGAGGCAGCCAAAGAGGCUAAACAGCCAAUGAAAGGACUGCUGGAGAAGAGGCUGCCAGAGCCUGUCAAACGCCAGAUGUGUGAGCUGCUUCACUACUUUUGCGACUGCGAGCUGAAGCACCGCAUCGAGGCCAUCGUGUCUUUCUCCGACAGCUUUGUCUCCAAGCUGCAGUACAACCAGAAGUUCCGCUACAACGAGCUGAUGCUGGCCCUCAAUAUGUCUGCUGCUGUUACCGCAAAGAAGACCAAAGAGUUUAGAUCGCCCCCUCAAGAGCAGAUCAACAUGCUGCUGACUUUCAGUGUGGGCGAGGACUGUCCGUGUCCAACAGACAUCCAGGAGGAACUGUAUGAUUUUCACAACCAGCUGCAGCUCCACUGUGGGAUCCCUAUGGAGGAAGAGGAAUACGAGCAAACUACGUCUAUCAAAGGUCGCCUGCUGAUGUUGGUGAACAAGAUCAAAGGCCAGUCUCACAAAGCCGAGGAGCCCACAGAGAAGGAGCAAGCCGCACCAUCUAAUCUGAAGGAGCUGAUUUCUCAGACAAUGGUCAGCUGGGCCCAGGAGUGUCACAUCCUGGACUCAGAGCUGGUCCGCAAGAUGUUCAGCCUACUGAGGAGGCAGUAUGACAGCAUUGGGGAGCUUCUCCGGGCCAUGAGGAAGACUUACACCAUCAGUGCUGCCUCGAUCCAGGACACCAUCAACCUCCUGGCUGCCCUCGGUCAGAUCAGGUCUUUGCUGUCGGUUCGUAUGGGGAAAGAGGAGGAGAAGCUCAUGAUUGAUGGACUUGGUGACAUCAUGAACAACAAAGUCUUCUACCAGCACCCCAACCUAAUGAGAAUACUGGGCAUGCAUGAGACGGUCAUGGAGGUCAUGGUCAAUGUGCUCGGAGGACACAAGUCCCAGGAAAUAGCCUUCCCCAAGAUGGUGGCCAGCUGCUGUCGCUUCCUGUGCUACUUCUGCCGUAUCAGCCGUCAGAACCAGAAAGCCAUGUUUGACCACCUCAGCUACCUGCUGGAGAAUAGCAGCGUGGGCCUAGCUUCACCAGCAAUGAGGGGCUCCACUCCUCUAGAUGUGGCUGCUUCCUCGGUGAUGGACAACAACGGCCUGGCUCUGGCACUGGAGGAGCCGGAUCUGGACAAGGUGGUCACCUACUUAGCAGGCUGUGGUCUCCAGAGUUGUCCAAUUCUCCUGGCUAAAGGUUAUCCAGACAUCGGCUGGAACCCCAUUGAGGGGGAGCGUUACCUUUCCUUCCUACGGUUUGCUGUCUUUGUCAACGGCGAGAGCGUAGAGGAGAACUCCAGUGUUGUGGUCAAGCUGCUCAUCCGUCGUCCAGAGUGUUUUGGACCUGCCCUGAGGGGGGAGGGAGGGAACGGACUGCUGGCUGCCAUGAAGGAAGCCAUCAAGAUCUCCGAGACGCCAGCCCUGGACCUGCCGGGCUCUGUGCAUGGAGUCAGCUCUGACGUGUCUGCUGAUGGUGAUGAUGAGGAGGAGGUGGUACACAUGGGCAAUGCCAUAAUGUCCUUCUACUCUGCACUCAUUGACCUGUUGGGACGUUGCGCUCCAGAGAUGCAUCUCAUCAACAAGGGGAAAGGUGAAGCUCUGCGUAUUCGUGCCAUCCUGCGCUCUCUGGUGCCUACUGAAGACCUUGUGGGAAUUAUCAGCAUACCGCUCAAAAUGCCCAUCACCAACAAAGACGGGUCGGUGACUGAGCCGGACAUGUCGGCCUGCUUCUGUCCAGAUCACAAGUCCCCCAUGGUGCUGUUUUUGGACAGGGUGUAUGGUAUCGAGGACCAGAGCUUUCUUCUUCAACUGCUCGAAGUGGGCUUCCUUCCUGACCUGAGGGCUGCUACCUCUCUGGAUACGGAGGGUCUAUGUACCACAGAGACAGCCCUGGCCAUGAACCGCUUCAUCGGCUCAGCCAUGCUACCCCUCCUCACUCGCUGUGCCCCUCUCUUUGCCGGCACCGAGCACUACGCCACCCUCAUCGACUCCACUCUGCACACCAUCUACCGCCUUUCCAAGGGCCGUUCACUCACCAAGGCCCAGAGAGACGCCAUAGAGGAGUGUCUGCUGGCUGUCUGCAAGCACCUUCGUCCCUCCAUGUUGCAGCAGCUCCUUCGCCGCCUCGUCUUUGAUGUGCCCUUGCUGACCGAAUACUGCAAGAUGCCUCUCAGACUGCUAACCAACCACUAUGAGCAGAACUGGAAGUACUACUGCCUCCCAUCGGGCUGGGGCAGCUACGGCACAGCAUCGGAGGAUGAACUACUGCUCACCAAGAAAAUCUUCUGGGGAGUAUUUGACUCUCUGUCCCAGAGGAAAUAUGACGCAGAGCUUUUCAAGAUGGCCAUGCCUUGCCUCAGUGCCAUAGCUGGAGCUUUGCCACCGGACUACGUGGACGCCUCAAUUAGCACCACAGUGGAGAAGCCCGUUUCUGUAGAUGCUCAGGGCAACUUUGACCCCAAACCCAUGAGUACUGCUAACAUUGCUCUUCCAGAGAAGCUUGAGCACUUUGCCAACAAAUACGGAGAGCACUCCCAUGAGAAAUGGUCUGCAGAGAAGGUACUGUUGGGAUGGAAAUAUGGAGACGGUGUGGAUGAGAAGGCCAAGAUUCACCCUCAGCUCAGAAUCUACAAAGGCCUGACAGAGAAGGAGAAAGAGAUUUACAGAUGGCCAAUUAGAGAGUCCCUGAAGAGCAUGCUGGCAAUGGGCUGGACCAUCGACAGGACCAAGGAUGGAGAAAGCAUGUCUCUACAGAGGGAGAAUGAGAAAAUGCGAAAGAUCUCUCAGGCUUCACAGGCAAAUGGCUUCAAUCCGAGCCCGAUAGACAUGAGCAACGUGGUUUUAUCCAGAGAAUUGCAGGGGAUGGUGGAGGUGGUGGCUGACAAUUAUCAUAACAUCUGGGCCAAGAAGAAAAAGAGUGACCUUGGAAGCAGAGGAGGGGGAACACACCCUCUGUUGGUGCCCUUUGACACGCUGACAGCCAAAGAGAAGGCCCGUGACCGGGAGAAGGCACAGGACCUUUUCCGCUUCCUGCAGAUCAAUGGCUACAGCAUCACAAGAGGUUUAAAGGACUUGGAGCAGGAUUCCUCUUCCAUGGAGAAGAGGUUCGCUUACAAGUUCCUCAAGAAGCUGCUCAAGUAUGUCGACUCAGCUCAGGAGUUCAUUGCUCACUUGGAGGCCAUGGCUGCCAGUGGCAAAACAGACCGGUCCCCUCAUGAACAAGAAAUCAAGUUUUUUGCCAAAGUUCUCCUUCCUCUCAUCGACCAGUACUUCAAGAACCACUCUCUCUACUUCCUCUCCUCCCCCAGUAAGAACCUGAGCAGCAGCGGUUACGCCUCCAACAAGGAGAAGGAAAUGGUCACCAGCCUGUUUUGUAAACUGGCAGCUCUUGUCAGACAUAGGAUUUCUCUCUUUGGGAGCGACUCCACUACCAUCGUCAGCUGUCUGCAUAUCCUGGCACACACCCUGGACACCAGGACGGUGAUGAAGUCGGGCUCGGAGCUGGUGAGGGUGGGGCUGAGGACGUUCUUUGAGAACGCUGCAGAGGACUUGGAGAAGACGUUCGAGAACCUGAAGCUGGGGAAGUUCACUCACUCCCGCUCCCAGAUGAAAGGGGUGUCGCAAAAUAUCAACUACACCACCGUAGCUCUGCUCCCCAUUUUAACCGCUUUGUUUGAACACAUCACUCAACACCACUUUGGAGUCGACCUGCUUUUGGAUGAUGUCCAAGUGUCUUGCUAUCGAAUCCUGACCAGUCUCUACGCACUGGGUACUGGCAAAAACAUCUAUGUAGAAAGACAGCUGCCAGCUCUCGGUCAGUGUCUGGCCACCCUGGCUGGAGCCAUGCCUGUGGCCUUCCUGGAGCCGCUACUCAACACAUACAACCCCUGCUCCGUCUUUAAUACCAAGAGUGCCAGAGAACGUGCAAUCCUAGGCAUACCAGACUCAGUAGAGGAGAUGUGUCCCGGGAUGCCGCGGCUUGACGGUCUGAUGAAGGACAUCAAUGACAUGGCCGAGUCUGGAGCGCGUUACACAGAGAUGCCUCACGUUAUCGAGGUGGUGCUGCCCAUGCUGUGUAACUAUCUGUCCUACUGGUGGGAGAGGGGGCCUGAGAACCAGCCAGCCAGCGGGGGCAGCGUCUGCUGCACCACCGUCACGUCAGAAAACCUCAGCCUCAUUCUUGGCAACAUCCUCAAGAUCCUCAACAACAACUUGGGCAUCGAUGAGGCCUCCUGGAUGAAGAGGAUUGCAGUUUAUGUGCAACCCAUCAUCAGCAAGGCCCGUGCAGACCUGCUGAAGAGCCACUUCCUUCCUACACUCGAGAAGCUGAAGAAGAAGACGGUGAAGGUGGUGUCUGAGGAAGAACUGUUGAAGGCAGACAGUAAGGGAGACACCCAGGAGGCAGAGCUGCUCAUCCUGGACGAGUUUGCCGUACUCUGCAGGGACCUGUACGCCUUCUACCCCAUGCUUAUCCGCUAUGUGGACAACAACAGGUCAAGAUGGCUAAAAGAACCAGACGGUGACUCCAAUGAGCUCUUUAGAAUGGUCGCUGAGAUAUUUAUCCUCUGGUGCAAGUCACACAAUUUCAAAAGAGAAGAGCAGAACUUUGUGGUCCAGAAUGAAAUUAACAACCUUUCCUUCUUGACUGGAGACAACAAAACCAAGAUGUCUAAGUCCUUUAAGGAGAAGUCUGGAGGACAAGACCAGGAGAGGAAACACAAGAAAAGGCGUGGUGAGCUCUACUCUAUCCAGACAUCGCUCAUUGUUGCCGCUCUAAAGAAGAUGCUGCCGAUCGGGCUCAACAUGUGUACACCAGGAGACCAGGAGCUCAUCUCUCUAGCCAAGACUCGCUACCUCCUGAGAGACACAGACGAAGAGGUCAAAGAUCAUAUUCGGCAGAAUCUGCACCUUCGAGAAAAGUCAGAGGACCCUGCAGUGAGGUGGCAGCUAAAUCUGUACAAGGACAUAGCGAUGAUAAGUGAGGGGCCUCCAGACCCUGAGAGGGUGGUGGACCGUAUCCAGAGGAUCUCUGCUGCUGUCUUCAACCUGGAGCAGGUGGAGCAGCCAUUGAGAUCCAAGAAAUGUGUAUGGCAGAAGUUGCUGUCCAAGCAGAGGAAGCGAGCGGUUGUCGCCUGCUUCCGCAUGGCUCCACUUUAUAAUCUGCCAAGGCAUCGCUCUAUUAACCUCUUCCUCCUGGCCUAUCAGAGAAUAUGGAUAGAAACAGAGGAGUACUCUUUUGAGGAGAAGCUAGUGCAGGAUCUUGCUCCAGCCCCCCCAUUUUUGGCAAGCAUGAUAUCACCGCUGAUGUCAGAGCCAGCUGAUGUAUUGUCGACCACCUUGUCCCACCCAUUGUCGAAAACGCAGCCCAAAGUGGAGGAAGAGGAAGAGGAGGAGGUCAGAAAGCAGCCAGACCCUCUUCACCAGCUCAUUCUGCAUUUCAGCCACAACGCUCUCACAGAGUGCAGUUCUUUGGAAGAGGAUCCCUUGUAUAUUGCAUAUGCAGAUAUGAUGGCAAAGAGUUGUGAUGAAGGUGAAGAAGAAGAAGAGGAAGAAAAAGACAAAACAUUUGAGGAAAAGGAAAUGGAGAAGCAAAAGAUGCUGUACCAGCAAGCCCGACUACAUGAUCGAGGAGCUGCCGAGAUGGUGCUUCAGAUGAUCAGUGCCAGCAAAGGUCGACUUGGUGCUAUGGUGACUUUCACCCUCAAACUAGGCAUCUCCGUCCUCAACGGUGGAAACAUACUGGUGCAGCAGAAAAUGCUGGACUACCUGAAGGAAAAAAGAGAUGUUGGCUUUUUUAAAAGUUUGUCUGGACUGAUGAUGUCUUGCAGUGUCCUGGACUUAAAUGCAUUUGAAAGGCAAAAUAAAGCUGAAGGUCUGGGGAUGGUUACUGAAGAAGGAUCAAUCAACGUGAGUGAGCGGGGUUCCAAGGUACUGCAGAAUGACGAGUUCACAAAGGAUCUCUUUAGGUUUCUGCAACUCCUCUGUGAAGGCCACAACAAUGAUUUUCAGAGCUUCCUGAGAACUCAGACAGGGAACACAACUACAGUUAACAUCAUUAUUAGUACUGUAGACUACCUACUAAGACUUCAGGAAUCCAUCAGUGAUUUCUACUGGUACUACUCUGGUAAGGAUAUUAUAGAUGAGGCAGGUCAGAGGAACUUCUCCAAAGCACUAGCAGUGGCCAAGCAGGUCUUCAACUCUUUAACUGAGUAUAUACAGGGUCCAUGUAUUGGGAACCAGCAGAGUCUGGCUCACAGCAGGCUGUGGGAUGCAGUGGUGGGCUUCUUGCAUGUCUUUGCCAACAUGCAGAUGAAGUUAUCCCAGGACUCCAGCCAGAUUGAAUUAUUGAAGGAGCUGCUGGACCUGCAGAAGGACAUGAUCGUCAUGAUGCUCUCCCUUCUCGAAGGUAACGUUGUCAAUGGUACUAUUGGCAAACAAAUGGUGGACACCUUGGUGGAAUCUUCCAGCAACGUGGAGAUGAUCCUUAAAUUUUUCGACAUGUUUCUCAAGUUGAAGGACUUGACCACCUCGGACAGCUUCAAGGAGUACGACCCUGAGAGCAAAGGGGUCAUCUCUAAGAAAGAUUUCCAAAAGUCCAUGGAGAACCAGAAACAGUAUUCACAGUCUGAGAUUGAGUUUCUUCUCUCCUGCGCCGAGGCUGAUGAGAACGACAUGUUCAACUACGAGCAGUUUGUGGAGAGAUUUCAUGAGCCCGCCAAGGACAUUGGCUUUAAUGUAGCUGUGUUGCUGACUAACCUCUCUGAGCAUAUGCCUCAUGAUGCUCGCCUCGCAACGUUCCUCGACCUGGCUGAGAGUGUCCUCAGCUACUUCGAGCCUUACCUAGGUCGUAUUGAGAUCAUGGGUGGAGCCAAGCGCAUCGAGAGAGUCUACUUUGAGAUCAGUGAGUCGAGUCGCACCCAGUGGGAAAAGCCUCAGGUGAAAGAGUCAAAGCGCCAGUUUAUCUUCGAUGUCGUCAACGAAGGUGGUGAGAGUGAGAAGAUGGAACUGUUUGUCAACUUCUGCGAGGACACAAUCUUUGAGAUGCAGUUGGCGUCUCAAAUUUCAGAGCCGGACCCAGUGGAGCGUCCAGAGGAAGAUGAGGAAGACAAGCCGAGCGUGGUGGAAAGCCAAGAAGAAGAAGAGGAGGAGAUUGUGAUGUUGGAGUCUUCCUCUGCUUUUACAGUUGCCUGCAUCUCCCUGAAAAAAAGCCUCUGCCACUUCCGCCAGCUGCUCACUCUCAAGAGUAUGAGGCGGCAGUACAGAAAAUUCAGGAAGAUGAGCAUUAAGGAGAUGGUGCGAGGCUUCUUCUCUUUCUUCUGGAUGAUCAUCACAGGCCUCUUCCACUUUGUCUACAGCCUGGUUUGGGGUUUCUUCCACAUCUUGUGGACCACUAUGUUUGGGGGUGGCCUCGUCGAAGGGGCCAAGAACAUGAAGGUCACGGACAUUUUGGGAAACAUGCCGGACCCCACCCAGUUUGGGAUCCACGGUGACGUGUUAGAGAUGGAAAAGAUGGAGGCGAGUGAAGCGUCGGCGUUGGCGGAGAUGGCUCAGAUGGCGCAGGGAGAUGCUGGAGAGGCGGACCUGAUGGCCGAGUUGCUGAACAUACAGCCCAAGAAGGAGGGAAAGCACGGGGCAGAGCCAGGUUUGGGGGAUGUGUCUGAGGUGGUGGUGGGGGAUGCUCCGUCCAUCGCUAGUGCUGUCAGGCAGAAGAAGGCGCAGUUGGCUGCAAAGAAGAGGGCUGUAAAUGGAGACCACAAAUCGGAUUCAGAGAAAGGAGAUUCAGAAGAUGGCGAGAAGAAAGACCAUGACAAGGGUAAAGACGAAGGCCCUCCUGAGCCUCCUGUGCAGAAAAAAGUCCCGAAGAAGAGGCUCGGCCAGAAGAAAGAACUACCGGAGGUCUUCAUGGCCAGCUUCUUUGCUGGCUUGGAGAUCUACCAAACCAAGAUGCUGAAUUACCUGGCCAGAAACUUCUACAACCUCCGCUUCCUGGCGCUUUUUGUCGCCUUUGCUAUCAACUUCAUUCUGCUCUUCUACAAAGUGACCGGUGAAUACUCGGACGAUGAAGACCCCUGGAAUGGUCGAGGCAGAGCUGGGGAGGAGGAGGAAGAUGAGGGUGCACUUGAGUAUUUUGUCCUGCAGGAGAGCACAGGUUACAUGGCACCAACGCUUCGCUGUCUGGCUAUACUACACACUAUCAUAUCCUUCCUGUGUGUAGUGGGAUACUACUACCUGAAGGUGCCCCUAGUAGUGUUCAAACGUGAGAAGGAGAUAGCGAGGAAGUUGGAGUUUGCCGGACUUUACAUCACAGAGCAGCCGUCGGAUGAUGACAUCAAAGGACAGUGGGACAGACUGGUAAUCAAUACUCCUUCCUUCCCCAACAACUACUGGGAUAAAUUUGUCAAACGCAAAGUAAUCAAAAAGUAUGGAGACCUGUAUGGAGCUGAGAGGAUAGCAGAGCUGCUGGGGAUGGAUAAGAGCGCCCUGGAUUUCAACCCUACAGAGGAAACCGUCGUCAAGGAGGCUUCACUGGUGUCAUGGUUAAGCUCAAUCGACACAAAGUACCACGUGUGGAAACUGGGGGUGGUGUUUACAGACAAUUCAUUCCUGUAUCUGGUAUGGUACACCACCAUGUCCAUCCUUGGCCAUUACAACAACUUCUUCUUCGCUGCUCAUCUGCUGGACAUCGCCAUGGGGUUCAAGACCCUUCGCACCAUCCUGUCCUCUGUCACACAUAACGGCAAACAGCUGGUGUUGACAGUGGGCCUGCUGGCAGUCGUGGUCUAUCUCUACACUGUGGUGGCCUUCAACUUCUUCAGGAAGUUCUACAACAAGAGCGAGGACGAGGAUGAACCAGACAUGAAGUGUGACGACAUGAUGACCUGUUACCUGUUCCACAUGUACGUUGGGGUGAGAGCAGGAGGGGGCAUUGGGGAUGAGAUCGAGGACCCGGCUGGUGACCCCUAUGAGCUCUACCGCAUCCUAUUUGACAUCACCUUCUUCUUCUUUGUCAUCGUCAUCCUCCUGGCCAUCAUCCAGGGUUUGAUCAUUGAUGCCUUUGGAGAGCUGAGAGACCAGCAGGAACAAGUCAAAGAGGACAUGGAGACCAAAUGUUUCAUCUGUGGGAUCGGUAAUGACUACUUUGACACAACGCCUCACGGCUUUGAGACUCACACCUUACAAGAGCACAACUUGGCCAACUACCUGUUUUUCCUGAUGUACCUUAUCAACAAGGACGAGACAGAACACACGGGCCAGGAGUCAUAUGUGUGGAAGAUGUACCAGGAGCGCUGCUGGGAUUUCUUCCCAGCGGGAGAUUGCUUCCGCAAACAGUACGAAGACCAGCUUGGAUAGAGCAGAUGCAUCCUCUUUACCUCUGUCCUUAUAAAGUGGGCUGCUGGAACGUGUAGUCCUAAAUACAGCUGCUGGACUACAACACCACACAGUCAUCCCUCCAACGUUUCAGGCUGGCCGGAGGAGAGACCAAACUACUUUUUGAAUCUAAAAAAGAGAAACGUCUCCGACCCGUGUCAGUGCCAGUCUACGAGGAUACGAUAUGUAACUUUCACAGACAUUUCGUUUUUUUUUUGUUUUGGGACUCGUCUUUGACAGCGUGUUGCCUUUUACUCCACAUAACCCCAAGUCAUUGCACAAUAUUUUUUUUUUGUCUUUUUGAGAAACACUGGGUUGUGUGGGGUUAUGGGACAAUGUGUCAGUCAUAUUAUGCACAAGAACCCAACUUCAAUAUUUUGAGAAUGUUGAACUUGAGACUUAAUGCCAAAAGAAAAGUGGAGGAGUUCAGUAGAUUUACAUUGUGCGCAAAAAAUGUGACGUGAGAAUUUUUUUUCCAGAUGUUGUAACCUUGCAUAUUGAGAUACAGUUUUAGAAUGAAGUGGCAAAAAGGUUUAUUAUGUAGGAUUAAAAAAAAUGCCUAAUUUUUUCAUGAAGUGCCUUACAGUACUGUAUCUACAUUACAAUGAAGCUAUGCAAAACCUUUGUUUCUUCUUUAUUGUAUGUAAGUACAGUAAUUCUCCUGGAGCAGUAACAAGUAGCUGUCCAGAUACAUAGUUUGUGGCUGAACUUUCUCAUUUUUCAACAGCAUUUGUUUGAUUUGACAGAUUUUUAUUUGCUGAAUGCAGCAUAAUUGCAAAUGUUCAAGGUACAAAGUGUAAAAAUUACUCAUCAGAAUUUACUGAUCACUUUCAAACGGAACAAAAAUGUAAUUGCUAUUGUAUGGCCAUUUAUAUGUAGUAGCUUUGCGGAUCUGUGCAUUUCUUUUGAUGGAAAAAAAUAAAGAAAUCAAUGCAAGAAA